AUAAUAACAAGCACUUUAAGCAUUUGUUUUUGAUUGUCAUCUUAAAAGUAUUCUUAAAUUUUCUCAUAAGCUGUUUCUUAAUUUUCUAUUUAUAUUGGUUACCACAAUGUUUAAUUUUAACAUUAACGUGUUUAAUGAACCUUUAAGACCGUUUAAUACGGUCUACAAGUGCUUCUCUGUGUCCAUGUUGCCAGGUAGUGAAAGGCAAGACGUUGAAAGAGGAGGAAAGAUUAUCAUGCCACCGUCAGCUUUAGACCAUUUAACUCGUUUAAACAUUGUCUAUCCAAUGUUAUUUAAAUUAACAAAUGUAGCAACCAAUCGCAUGACUCAUAGUGGUGUUUUGGAAUUCGUUGCUGACGAGGGUAAAGUUUACCUACCCUAUUGGAUGAUGCGAAACUUACUACUCGAUGAAGGAUCUCUUAUUCGUGUUGAAUCAACCAGUCUGCCUGUCGCAACAUUUUCCAAAUUUCAGCCUCAGUCUGUUGAUUUCUUGGACAUUACCAAUCCAAAAGCUGUCCUAGAAAAUGCUCUUAGAAACUUUGCAUGUUUGACUACUGGCGAUGUUGUAGCAAUUGUUUACAAUGAUAAAAUUUUUGAAUUAUGUGUCCUCGAAACUAAACCUGGGCCAGCAGUUACCAUUAUUGAAUGCGACAUGAAUGUAGAGUUUGCUCCUCCAGUUGGCUAUAGAGAUCCUUCUGAGGUUGCCAAUGAGAAGAACGAUCUUGAAGACAUUAAUGCUAUGAUUGAAGACCAGGAAGAUCAAGAACUGGCUGGAAAAUAUAUUGACGCUUUCAUUGCUUUUUCAGGAAAAGGUUGUAGAUUAGAUGGAAAACAGAAGGCGAGCUCUUCAACGACAGAAAUUAAACCCAAAGUUCAAAUUAGAAGAGGAAUACCUGACUAUGACUUUCAAUUAGGAACUCUUAAAUUUAAGCGAAACGUUCGCAAAGAAGUUGAUAACAAAGACAAAGAAAAUCAAGCUGGAAAAUCUUUCGAGGCGUUUACAGGAGAAGGAAAAACCUUAAUCAAAAAGAAAUAGGCUUAAAUAUUGUGUUUGUUUUGCAUCUGUAAAUUAUGUUUCGCCUUUUUUUGUAAAUUUACUAUCAAAAUCAUUUUCAACAAUCAAGCCAAUAAAUUGCAGCAAGCUCUAUCUCCCAAUUUCAAACAGUCGAAUUGUUUCGAGUCCAAAUUGAAUAUUAAAUUGAAUCGAAAAUGAAA